AUGGGAUUGCGCCAGCUCUACAGCCUGCCCGGCUCGCGCGUGGACAGCUCGCUGGGAAUACCAACACAUACCCAGCGAGGAACGGCGCAGUCAUCAGCCGCCGCCGACGCCUUCUCGAUGGAGCGUUUUGCCGCCUUCUACGAGGUGGCGCUGGAGGAGCUGAUGAACGAGUGUGAGCGCCGCGUCGCCAACGCACCAGCGGCGUGGCGGGACAGUCAGCGGCAACUUAUCGGCGGUGACAUGAAUCGUGACCUGGCCACGAGCACGCACUCCUUUGACUCCCCACGCAGCAGCGUCAUGUCCCCAUUCGGCGGCGCACCCUCCAGCGUGGCACUCAGUUGCGGCACCCCUGUGUACUCGCCCCGCUUCACCAAUCCGCUGCACAGCACACAUGGGCUGCACGUCCGCGAACUCAGCAGCGACAUCGCAGCCGAACAGAACCGCACCUCCACCCCACUGCCACCGCCGUCUCUGCAUACUAACUCAACCUUCUUCAGCGCUGCUGGGCAGGCUCGCCAGGCGGAACAGGAGAGAAGCGUAGCGGAUGAGGGGGCAGUGCCGACGUUGCUCGCUGCCCUGGGCCGACACCAUGGCAAGAUGGCACCGAUGGUGUUCAUCGCUGGCCUGGCUUACCUUGCGCGAGUCACGGCGCAGUGCGCCUCUGAGUUUCUGAGCGUCACACGCGCAAACUGGUACCGCCUCACCACCACCGCCAUUCUCGUCGCCGCCAAGGUGUACGAUGAGCACAGCUCGUCCCGACUGAACGCCUGCUUUGCCCAAUCCUCCGGUAUUCCACUGAGCGAGAUGACGCGGAUGGAGCUUGACUUUCUGUACCUUCUCGACUUUGAUCUGCUCCUGAAGGAGUCGGAGGUGGAGCAGUGGCUAAUAUGGAUGGAGAAGCUCGCGCUGCGCCGCGACUUGAUGACGCCACUCAACACUUACGUGCUAGACACAAGUGAGAGCACGUCCGCUGUCCAACUUGCCAGCACCUCGAAGCCGUCUUUCACGAGCUGUACCACACUUACAGAGUACGGGGAGCGAAGCAAGACAGGCGCAAUGUGCGAGGCGAGUCGCACGCCGGGAUUAUCCAGCGAAGUUCUGGAAGGCGAAGAAGAGACGGUCGGGACCUCCCUGUCCUCCGCGGUCGUCCCGCGCAGCGUCCCGCAGAUGCGUGCGGCCAGCAGUUGUGCGAUGACGGUCCCGUGCGCCGUCAGCAGCGCUGCAAACUCGCGAUGCCCUACUGCUGCAGCAGGGGUGACUGACGUACCAUCCCUCACUACCCCCUUCGUGGAUCUCUCUAGCCUUCCGCCUCGCAGCUCCGCUAGCUCGGUGCUGCUUCCGGCCAGUGUGUUGGAUAGCACCUUCGGUGCAGUUAGCACGGCGAGUGUGCCAGGCGGCGCGCCCUCUUCCCUGAAUGACCGUAGGGCCUUUGUGCCACCGUUGCCGAUCCACAGCGCGCUGCCUCUUCGCCCGCCGACGGCGAAGAGACGCCUGUUCAGCGUCGUGCACGGUACUGCCGAGCCGCCGAGCCCAAUUUCGGUGCGUCAGCUCAGCCGUCUGGGCGGUAGCCCGCCGAGUCCGCUGCGCCCCCCGUCGGUGGGGCGGCACCCGUCAGUGCGGUUCUUCAAGUCGAAAGCCACGCAUGCUCACGGGCCGCACCGCCACGCCAGUGGAACGGUGGGCUACGCUGAACUCGACAUGUACGGCGCCGAGGACGGCGGUCGCAAGGUGUCAAAGCAGUCGUGCCAAGAUCGGGUGACGGGGGCGGGCAGCGAAAACUCAGCUGGCCAGUCCUCGGCACUCGUCGCGGCAGACACGAAGCGCAGCGCGACUGCCGCGGCGAGCCACCAGCAGAAGAAACGCUGGGGCCCAUUCGGUAUGGUGCAGCAUGUGCGUGAUGUUCUCGGUGUCACAGCUUCUCUGGUGCGUGGUCAGCUGGACGUACUAGCACCGUCAGCGCAUGCCGAGGAGUUGAGUCGACUGCCACCGCCGCAACAGAACAAACAGCAGUCAGCGUCGCAGGCGCUACAGUCGUCCACCAACAGCCUUUCUGGAAGUGGCGGGCGUGUGAGUCUGCAACCGCAGUCAUCCGCUGCGCCGCCGCGUUACACCAACAGCGGCGGCACCUAUCCGCCAUUUCCUGCGAAUUUGAUGGUCGAGCGGAAGCCGCAGGCAUGCAAUGCUCCGCCCGCCGCCGCCGUCGCGUCUCGUAGCUCUACUGAAUCUCAUCCCCAGCCUAGCCCUGCUUCACCUGCUCGCCACUGCUGCGGUCCUGCGACGCCUGGCGCUGUAGCCAGGCGGAGCCCGAUGCCACGAAUCAGUCCGCAGCAUGUGGACCCUUCCUCGUCGACGAGGACGCAACCGUAUACGAGUACGGUCGCUAAUUCCGCUGCUGCUCAGCCAACAGCGGCGGCAGCCGCGAAUGGGGCGUACGCGGACGGGGACUACUCCCACGACGAGGCUGACGAGGGGUACGAGGAGUGCGAGUACGGCUACUACGACGAGGACGGUUACUUCCACUACUACAACGACGACGAGGAUGCGGAGGGGGAGUACGACGAGUACUACGGCGAAGAGGACGAGGAGGGCGCCUGGUACGAGGAUGAUGACGAGGAUGAAGCUGCUUACUUUCAGCGAUGCCGCCCACCACUGACACAUUCACCGCCGUCCUUGUAG